AACGUGUAAUGGGUGUUAACAAUACAACAAUAUGAGCUGUCCUGUUUACAAAGAAGACAUUAUAAAAGCAAUAAAAUUCAAGCUGGACAACAAAGAGUAGGGAAGGAAGAGCAAUAAAUUGAACAAGAAACUGAGAUUAGUUGACAUACAUUGUUUUUAUAUGGUUACUAAUUCAAAAAACUGAUUAUAUUUAGUAUUAUUUGUUCAUUUAUUUAAUAUAUAUUUAUUAAGUUCUUUGUAUGAUUGUAUGGCGAUAAAAUAUAUAACACUUUUUGUUUGUGGAAACACCACGUAAAUUUAUUACUGCAAAGCUUUCGAUCCAUAAGCCCAGAUCGAAAGAAGAUCGAAUGCUUUGCAGUUAAUAAAUUUACGUGGUGUUUCCACAAACCAAAAGUGUUAUAUAUAGUUUAUUAUUAUGCAAAUAGCUUAUUAUAUUUAUUAUAUUAAUAAAAUAAUGUUAUCAGAUGAACAAAUUUCAUGUGCGAGGUGGUGAUGUGCUGCAUGCAUGCAUGGUAUGCUAAAGUAUUUCUUUAAGAAACUAUUAUAAUAGUUUUUCAACUAAAAUACAGUAGUCAGUAUAAUUUUUUCCAACUAUAGUUUUUAGUCAAAACUAAAGUUUUUGACAAAACUAUAGUUUUAACCAAAACUAUAGUUCCUACAAUUACUAUAGUUUUUAAUUACUAUAGUUUCCAUAACUACAGUUUUUGUUCCAAAAUACUAUAGUUUUUAGCCAAAACUAUAGCUUUUAGCCAAAACUAUAGUUUUUAGCCAAAACUAUAGUUUUUAGCCAAAACUAUAGUUUUUAGCCAAAACUAUAGUUCCUACAAGAACUAUAGUUUUUGAUACUAUAGUUUCCAUAACUAUAGUUUUUGUUCCAAAAUACUAUAGUUUUUAAAACUAUAGUUUUUGGCUUGAAAAACUAUAGUUUAUUUUUGUAAGGGAGUACUUAUACUAGCCAGAUUGGAAUGUAAAUCUAAUCUCAACAGUUCUUAUACUAGCCAGAUUGGAAUUUAAUUCUAAUUUCAGCAGUUCUUAUACGAGCCAGAUUGGAAUGUAAUUCUAAUCUCAACAGUCUUAAUACAAUGAGCCUGAUUGGAAUGUAAAUCUAAUCUGAGUAGUUCCUUAAACGAUAGCCAGAUUGGAAUUUGAUUAUAAACUCAACAGUUCUUAUACUAGCCACAUUGUAAUUUAAUUCCAAUAUCAGCAGUUCUUAUACCAGCCUGAUUGGAAUUUGAUUCUAAUCUCAACAGUUAUAAUUCUUAUACAAGCCAGAUUCGAAUUUAAUUCUAACCUCAGUAGUUCUUAUACUAGCCAGAUUGGAAUGUAAUUCUAAUCCGAACAGUUUUAAUAUUAACCAAAUUGGAAUGUAAAUCUAAUCUCAGUAGUUCUUAUACUACGCAGAUUGGAAUUUCAUUAUAAUCUCAACAGUUCUUAUACUAGCCAGAUUAGAAUAGAAUUUAAGUCUAUUCUCAGUAGUUCAUAUACCAGCCAGAUUCCAAUUUGAUUCUAAUCUCAACAGUUCUAAUACCCUACCCAGAUUGGAAUUUGAUUCUAAUCUCAACAGGUAGAAUUCCUAUACUAGCCAGAUUGGGAUUUAAUUUUAAUCUCAGAAGUUCUUAUACUAGCCUGAUUGGAAUGUAAUUGUAAUUUCAACAGUUUUUUCCAUCAGAUUGGAAUGUAAAUUUAAUAUCAGUAGUUCUUUUACUAUAUAUAGACAGAUCGGAAUUUGAUUAUAAACUCAACAGUUCUUAUACUACGCACAUUGGAAUUUAAUUCCAAUAUCAGUAGUUCUUAUACUAGCCAGAUUGCAAUUUGAUUAUAAUCUCAGUAAUUCUUAAUCUACCAAGAUUAGAAUUUGAUAAUAAUCUCAACAGUUCUUACACUUGCCAGAUUGGAAUGUAAAUCUAAUCUCAGUAGUUCUUAUGUUAUUACUAGCCGGAUUGCAAUUUGAUUCUAAUCUCAACAGUUCUAAUAUCCUAACCAGAUUGAAAUUUGAUUCUAAUCUCAACAGUACUUAUACUAGCCAGAUUGGAGUGUAAAUAUAAUCUCAGUAGUACGUUUACCAGCCAAUUGGGAAUGUAAAUGUAAUCUCAACAGUUCUUAUACCAAACUGAUUGGAAUUUAAUUCUAAUCUCAGCAGUUUUUAUACUAGCCAGAUUGGAAUGUACUUCUAAUCUCAACAGUUUUAAUACAAUGAGCCUGAUUGGAAUGUAAAUCUAAUCUCAGUAGUUCCUAUACUAUCCAGAUUGGAAUUUGAUUAUAAUCUCAACAGUUCUUAUACUAGCCAGAUUAGAAUAGAAUUUAGUUCUAAUCUCAGCAGUUCUUAAUCUACCCAGAUUGGAAUUUGAUUCUAAUCUCAACAGUUAAAAUUCUUAUACUAGCCAGAUUAGAAUUUAGUUCUAAUCUAGGUAGUCCUUAUACUAGCCUGAUUGGAAUUUAAUUCUAAUCUCAACAGUGUUAAUAUUAGGCAUCAGAUUGGAAUGUAAAUUUAAUAUCAGCAGUUCUUAUACUAUAGGCAGAUCGGAAUUUGAUUAUAAACUCAACAGUUCUUAUACUAGCCAGAUUGGAAUUUGAUUAUAAUCUCAACUGUUUUUAUACUAGCCAGAUUAGAAUAGAAGUUAAUUCUAAUCUCAGUAGUUCUUAUAUUAUUACUAGCCAGAUUGCAAUUUGAUUCUAAUUUCAACAGUUCUAAUAUCCUAACCAGAUUGAAAUUUGAUUCUAAUCUCAACAGUACUUAUACUAGCCAGAUUGGAAUGUAAAUCUAAUCUCAACAGUUCUUAUACUAGCCAGAUUGGAAUUUAAUUCUAAUUUCACGAUCAGCAGUUCUUAUACGAGCCAGAUUGGAAUGUAAUAUUAAUCUCAACAGUUUUAAUACAACGAGCCUGAUUGGAAUGUAAAUCUAAUCUGAGUAGUUCCUUAUACUAUAGCCAGAUUGGAAUUUGAUUAUAAACUCAACAGUUCUUAUAGUAGCCACAUUGUAAUUUAAUUCCAAUAUCAGUAGUUCUUAUUCCAGCCUGAUUGGAAUUUGAUUCUAAUCUCAACAGUUAUAAUUCUUAUACAAGCCAGAUUCGAAUUUAAUUCUAAUCUCAGUAGUUCUUAUACUAGCCAGAUUGGAAUGUAAUUCUAAUCCGAACAGUUUUAAUAUUAACCAAAUUGGAAUGUAAAUCUAAUCUCAGUAGUUCUUAUACUACGCAGAUUGGAAUUUCAUUAUAAUCUCAACAGUUCUUAUACUAGCCAGAUUAGAAUAGAAUUUAAGUCUAAUCUCAGUAGUUCAUAUACCAGCCAGAUUCCAAUUUGAUUCUAAUCUCACCAGUUCUAAUAUCCUACCCAGAUUGGAAUUUGAUUCUAAUCUCAACAGUUCUUAUACUAGGCAGAUUGGAAUGUAAAUAUAAUCUCAGUAGGUCUUAUGCCAGCCAGAUUGGAAUGUAAAUCUAAUCUUAACAGUUCUUAUACUAGCCAGAUUGGAAUUCAAUUCCAAUCGCAGUAGUUCUUAUUCUAGCCAGACUGGAUUCUAAAUGUAAUCUCAACAGUUUUAAUACAAUAAGCCACAUUGGAAUGUAAAUUUAAUCUCAGUAGUUUCUGUACUAGCCAGAUUGGAAGUUGAAUCUAAUCUCAGUAGUUCUUAUACUACCCAGACUGGAAUUUGAUAAAAACCUGAACAGUUCUUAUAUUACCAGAUUGGAAUGUAAUCUAAUCGCUGUAGUUCUUAUACUACCCAGAUUGGUAUUUGAUUUUAGUCUCAACAGUUCUUUUACUAGCCAGAUUGGAAUGUAAUUCUAAUUUCAAUAGUUCUUAUACCAGCCAGGUUGGAAUUUGAUUCUAAUCUCAACAGUUAGAAUUCUUAUACUAGCCAGAUUGGGAUUUAAUUGUUAUCUCAGAAGUUCUUAUACUAGCCUAAUUGGAAUGUAAUUGUAAUUUCAACAGUUUUAAUAUUAGCCAUCAGAUUGGAAUGUAAAUUUAAUAUCAGUAGUUCUUUUACUAUAGUCAGAUUGGAAUUUGAUUAUAAACUCAACAGUUCUUAUACUAGCCAGAUUGGAAUUUGAUUAUAAUUUCAACAGUUCUUAUACUAGCCAGAUUAGAAAAGAAUUUAACUCUAAUCUCAUUAGUUCUUAUGUUAUUACUAGCCAGAUUGCAAUUUGAUUCUAAUCUCAACGGUUCUAAUAUCCUAACCAGAUUGAAAUUUGAUUCUAAUUUCAACAGUACUUAUACUAGCCAGAUUGGAGUGUAAAUAUAAUCUCAGUAGUACGUUUACGAGCCAGAUUGGAAUGUAAAUCUAAUCUCAACUGUUCUUAUACCAAACUGAUUGGAAUUUAAUUCUAAUCUCAGCAGUUCUUAUACUAGCCAGAUUGGAAUGUACUUCUAAUCUCAACAGUUUUAAUACAAUGAGCCUAAUUGGAAUGUAAAUCUAAUCACAGUAGUUCUUAUACUAUAGCCAGAUUGGAAUUUGAUUAUAAACUCAAUGGUUCUUUUACCUGCCACAUUGGUAUUUAAUUCCAAUAUCAGUAGUUCUUAUACUAGCCUGACUGGAAAUUGAUUCUAAUCUCAACAGUUAUAAUUCUUAUACACGCCAGAUUGGAAUUUAAUUCUAAUCUCGGUAGUUCUUAUACUAGCCAGAUUGGAAUGUAAUUCUAAUCCGAACAGUUUUAAAAUUAACCAGAUUGGAAAGUAAAUCUAAUCUCAGUAAUUCUUAUACUACGCAGAUUGGAAUUUGAUUAUAAUUUCAACAGUUCUUAUGCUAGCCAGAUUAGAAUAGAGUUUAAUUCUUAUCUCAGUAGUUCAUAUACUAGUCAGAUUGCAAUUUGAUUCUAAUGUCAACAGUUCUAAUAUCCUUCCCAGAUUGCAAUUUUAUUCUAAUCUCAACAAUUCUUAUACUAUCCAGAUCGGGAUGUAAAUAUAGUCUCAGGAGUUCUUAUGCCAGCCAGAUUGGUAUGUAAAUCUAAUCUCAACAGUUCUUAUACUAGCCAGAUUGGAAUUUAAUUCUAAUCUCAGAAGUUGUUAUACUAGUCAGAUUGGAAUGUCAAUAUAAUCUCAACAGUUUUAAUACAAUAAGCCACAUUGGAAUGUAAAUCUAAUCUCAGUUGUUCUUAUACUAGCCAGAUUGGAAGUUGAUUCUAACCGCAGUAGUUCUUAUACUACCCAGAUUGGAUUUUGAUCCUAAUCUCAACAGUUAGAAUUCUUAUACUAGCCAGAUUGGAAUUUAAUUCUAAUCUCAGUAGUUCUUAUACUAGCCUGAUUGGAAUGUAGUUGUAAUCUCAACAGUUUUAAUAUUAGCCAUCAGAUUGGAAUGUAAAUUUAAUAUCAGUAGUUCUUUUACUAUAGGCAGUUCGGAAUUUCAUUAUAAACUCAACAGUUCUUAUACUAGCCAAACUGAAAUUUGAUUAUAAUCUCAACAGUUCUUAUACUAGCCAGAUUAGAAGAGAAUUUAAUUCUAAUCUCAGUAGUUCUCAUAUUAUUACUAGCAAGAUUGCAAUUUGAUUCUAAUUUCAACAGUUCUAAUAUCCUAACCAGGUUGAAAUUUGAUUCUAAUCUCAACAGUACUUAUACUAGCCAGAUUGGAAUGUAAAUCUAAUCUUAGUAGUACGUUUACCAGCCAGCUAGAUUGGAAUGUAAAUCUAAUCUCAACAGUUCUUAUACCAAGCAGAUUGGAAUUUAAUUCUAAUCUCAGCAGUUCUUAUACUAGCCAGAUUGGAGUGUAAUUCUAAUCUCAACAGUUUUAAUACAAUGAGCCUGAUUGGAAUGUAAAUCUAAUCUCAGUAGUUCCUAUACUAUAGCCAGAUUGGAAUUUGAUUAUAAACUCAACAGUUCUUAGAGUAGCCACAUUGGAAUUUAAUUCCAAUAUCAGUAGUUUUUAUACUAGCCUGAUUGGAAUUUGAUUCUAAUCUCAACAGUUAUAAUUCUUAUACCCGACAGAUUGGAAUUUAAUUCUAAUCUCAGUAGUUCUUAUACUAGCCAGAUUGGUAUGUAAUUCUGAUCCGAACAGUUUUAAUAUUAACCAGAUUGGAAUAUAAAUCUAAUCUCAGUAGUUGUUAUACUAUGCAGAUUGGAAUUUGAUUAUAAUAUCAACAGUUCUUAUACUAGCCAGUUUAGAAUAGAAUUUAAUUCUUAUCUCAGUAGUUGAUAUAGUAGCCAGAUUGCAAUUUGAUUCGAAUCUCAAGAGUUCUAAUAUCCUACCCAGAUUGGAAUUUGAUUCUAAUCUCAACAGUUCUUGUACUAGCCAGAUCGGGAUGUAAAUAUAAUCUCAGGAGUUCUUAUGCCAGCCAGAUUGGAAUGUAAAUCUAAUCUCAACAGGUCUUAUACUAGCCAGAUUGGAAUUUAAUUCUAAUCUCAGUAGUUGUUAUACUAGCCAGAUUGGAAUGUAAAUGUAAUCUCAACAGUUUUAAUACAAUAAGCCACAUUGGAAUGUAAAUCUAAUCUCAGUAGUUCAUAUACUAGCCAGAUUGGAAGUUGAUUCUAAUCUCAGUAUUUCUUAUACUACCCAGAUUGGAUUUGAUUAUAAGCUGAACAGUUCUUAUAUUAGCCAGAUUGGAAUGUAAUCUGAUCUCAGUAGUUCUUAUACUACCCAGAUUGGUAUUUGAUUUUAGUCUCAACAGUUCUUAUACUAGCCAGAUUGGAAUGUAAAUCUAAUUUCAAUAGUUCUUAUACCAGCCAGAUUGGAAUUUGAUUCUAAUCUCAACAGUUAUAAUUCCUAUACUAGCCAGAUUGGAAUUUAAUUCUAAUCUCAGUAGUUCUUACACUAGCCAUAUUGGAAUGUAAUUCUAAUCGCAACAGUUUUAAUAUUAGCCAGAUUGGAAUGUAAAUAUAAUCUGAGUAGUUCUUAUACUACCCAGAUUGAAAUUUGAUCAUAAUCUCAACAGCUCUUAUACUAGCCAGAUUAGAAAAGAAUUUAACUUUAAUCUCACUUAAACAUGCUAUAUGCAAAUAACUUUUUACGCAUUAUAAGAAAACCGACAAGAGUUACUGAUUAUACUAAAACACUAAUUGAUCAAAUAUGUAGUAAUGCCCCUAUUGACCAAAUCCUUUCGGGCGUUGGAUUAAUGAUGGGCAUAUCUGAUCACUUACCAAUUUUCUGUAUUGUAAGUACAGGAAUAAAAAGGGUUAAAGCUAAAAAUUUAUAUAGAGAUUUUAGUACUUUUAACAAUGAGCUAUAUCUUGAGGAUAUUGAUAGUGUUGGCUGGAAUGGUUUAAUAGAUGAGGAUAAAUGCUUAAAUGAAAUAACAAAUAGUGUUAUAAGUACGCUUAAUCAAAUUGUAAAUCAACAAGCUCCAUUUAAAGUAGCUUCGCAAAGUUUAAGGAAACAACUUGACAAACCCUGGAUAACUAAGAGAAUUCUAAAAUCAAUAAAAAUAAAGCAAAAAAUGUUCCAUACUCAUUUCCAUUCUAAUGAUAUUAGCAAAGUAAGUCAAUAUAAGCUAUAUGCUAAUAAAUUAAACUAAAUAACAAUGCUUAGUAAAAGGCAAUAUUGUCUGAAUAAUUUUGAUAAACAACAUGGAAAUUAAUAGGAAUAUUAAUAAAAAGGAAAACUAAAAGCCAACCAUAUCCAUCUAAGUAGUUAGAAAUGGUAAAGUAUAUACAGAGGAAAUUGAUAUAGCAAAUCAAUUUAACCAACACUUUGCAAAUGUUGGCCCACAUUUGGCUAGUAAAAUUGAAAAAGUUAAUGAAUCCCCAAUAAAAUAUAUUCGAAACUGUCCGAGCUCUAGUUUUGUAUUAUCCCCUGUACGAGCUUCAAAAGUAUCUGAAUUAUUUUCUAAUUUAAAUACAAACAAGGCUAGCAUUAAUAUUCCCAAUACAUUAAUAAAAAUUGUUGCGAAACAACUCUCAAUACCUUUCACUUAUAUAUAUAAUAAAUCAUUUGAAACAGGUAUUGUACCAGACGUUCCAAUAUCGAGAAUUACUCCUAUUUAUAAAAAUGGUACAUGCACUGAUCCGUUUAAUUAUAGACCUAUAUCUAUUUUAUCACCCUUCAGCAAAAUAUUAGAAAAGCUUGUGUAUGUAACCGAGGCAUUUAGUCAAAUACAGGCCGAGGCGCGCAGCUUCGAGGCCUGUAUUUGACUAAAUGCCGAGGUUCGAGGUAAUUAACUGACUUAUUACAUGAUUAAGAAGAUUUUCACAAAAGAAUAAUAACAGCAUUUAAUGUACGUUUAUGAAGACAAUGGGUAUCGUUGUGUUGAAAGAAGACAAAUAAUCUUAGGCCCGUUUUAAACGUCGAGGCUUUUAUGUACCGAAUACAUUAAAAACGAUAGAUAAUCUGUAAAAGUACCUCAUUAUCUAUUGUUUUUAAUGAUUUCUGUGCAUGAAAAGCUCGGCGUUUAAAACGGGCCUUAUUUGUUAGCAAAGUUGGAAAAAGUUUUGCUUUGAAUUUGGGUGUAGUUUGUAUUGUUCAAAUGCCUAAAAUUUUGUAUAGUUGUAUGUAGAUUUAGGAUUUUAUUGUAUGUAUGAUUAGAAGUGAAAUUACGUGGAAAGUGCUAGUAGAAUUCGCGUAGUGUUAUUUGUUUUAGUCAAGUUUAAACAGAAUGGCAGAUAGCGAGGACGACGAAAGUUUAGCGGGUUUGACGCAGAACACGUUUCUGAAGGCACCUUUAGAGCCUUGUUCGACCUGUUCAGUGGAUUAUUGGAGGGCGAUUGUAAUGUUGGUGAUGGUAGCAAUAAUACCUCGAAUAAUACAAUAACAUAUUCUGAUCAUGUUUUAACGGCGGAGAAAGAAUUAAAUGAAGCCUUAAAAUGCCGCUACUCUGAAAAUAGGCGAAAAAUAUCGCUAGUUACAGACAAGGAAGUUGAGUUGAUUAAGGAAAGUCGAAUUCCAAAUAACACGAAACACAACACUAGUUGGUCUGUCGGCGUUUGGCAGGAUUGGGCAAAAGGAAGAAACGCGAAAGUAAUAGAACUAGGCGUUGUCGACAAGCUAGUCAUGUCAGAUAUUUUAAAAGUGCCUAAAGAAGAACUUAACUAUUGGUUAGCUAAGUUUGUGGUCGAGGUUCGCAAGAAAGGUGAAAAGGCAGAAUUUUAUCCGCCUACGACACUUUAUCAGAUAUGUUGUGGGCUAUUACGAUUUUUGCGAAAUAAUGGUCGGGCAGCAUUGAAUAUAUUUGAUGAUCCCAUGUUUAAGCAUUUUCAGGAUACUUUAGAUGGUGAAAUGAAACGACUUACUAGUCUAGGUGUUGGUGCAAAUGUCCGACAAGCGCAAGCAUUUUCAGAAGAGCAAGAAGAACUUUUGUGGAAAUCAAAUCUACUGGGCUCCGACUCACCAGUGACAUUACUAAAUACAAUGGUUUUUUUGAUCGGCAAGAAUUUUUCGCUUCGGAGCGGAAAAGAACAUCGUUCAUUAAAGUUCAGUCAACUUACACUGGAAGCUGCGACUGGGGAUGAACCUGAGAAGCUUAUUUACACAUCUUUUGGAGAAAAGAAUAACUUGGGUGGUCUUAAACAUCGUGCCAUGAAACGGAAGCGUGUGGAGCAUUACGCAAACGAUGCGUGUCCUGAUCGUUGUAUGGUGCAUUUAUAUAAGAUGUAUGUGGAGAGAUGCCCUUCUGAAGCCAUAAUAAAGGAUGUGUUUUACGUUACUCCCAAGCGAAAGUGUCUUGAUUCUGAUAAAGGUAUGUUAUGCUACUGAUAUUUUGAAUAUCCUUUGCUUAGAAUUUAAAUUGUUAAAUUUUUGUUCUUUUAGUGUGGUUCACGUUAAACCCAGUUGGCCACAAUACGUUGGGCAAUACGGUGAAACAUUUGUGUGAGAAAGCUGGCAUUGAAGGGCAUUACACGAAUCAUAGUCUUAGGGCUACUACUGCAACACGUGGUCUUGAAAAAGGGAUUGCGGAGAAAUAUGUCAUGGAGAGAACCGGCCAUAGAGAUGUGAGAUCACUUCAGCGAUAUCAAAGACCGAACGUCCAACAAAAGAUUGAGAUUUCAAGAGCGUUUGAUUUAUCGUUGUCUCAUGAGGAAACUAAUUUGGACUACGCAGAAGUGUCGAAUAUCAAAAAUGUCAUUGAUUGUAGUAAGAAAGAAGUAGAAAUAGAUACUUUAAAUACUAAAGACAAGGUAAAACGUUGUAAGAAUGAGAAGAGUGAAACAACGCGCUCUGCAUUUAAUAAUUGUACUUUUUUUGUGCAGCAGGACUUUUUAGCUUGAGUUCGUUUUAACGUAGUAAAGUGUGUAGUGUAGUUUGUGUGAGAUAUUGUGUGAUUAUAGUGUGAUGAUAAAUGUUUGGUAUUUAAAGUAAUCUGUAAAGUAAUUUGACUUUUGUUAUUCUGUUGUUGUAUCUAGAUACGUUCCUGUUAGUAACGAUGUAUCUAGAUAUAUCCUUUCUAGGAGGGAUGUAUCUAGAUACAUCCUUAGUAAGAGGGAUGUAUGUAGAUACAACCCUGAAGAUAAAUUGAAUGCAAUUCAUCAGCCCCGCUCUUCCCUGCUGAAUAUCAAAUCCCUCCCCGUGCUUUUAGAGCGUAAAUCUAAUGAACAGGUAAUUAUGUUAAAUACAGUUUUAUGAAUAACAAUGAAAACCGACUCAAUCAUGUAAUAAGGGAAAUUUGAAACCGAAGAGACAAGCUAAACAACAUACCUUAGAUUCAUUUUACAAUACUUUUAUACAAUACUCAUGCUAUAUUACUUGUCGAUUUGCUUCUUUAUCAACAUUUUUUAAUGAUUUUUUUUUUUCUUUUCGUUAUUUUUUAUGCAGACAUCAACGACAAGGAAAAUGUGAAGCCGAAGGCUACACCAAAAUCCCGAGGUUUACAAUUCUCGUAUUUCAACUGUAUGAACCGUGCAUACGCAAAGGAUGGUCAACGUACCCCGUGCCACUUCUUUAAAGUGCCAUUAGAGAAUCAUAUGAGAACCACCUGGACGAAUCGGAUAGAAAAGAUUUUAUGGUUACCAAUAGUACCAAAGUGUGCGAUAAACACUUCUCAUCCGAGGAGAUUUUGAAUGCUCCUGGUGGCAAACGGUGGCGACUGAAGGAUGGUGCUAUUCCUUUAAAGGCUAGACAGACACCUACAGUUCCUAUGAAAAGCGAAGAAGUGUAGCGACAAGUAUGAAGAAAGCGAGACCGGAAAAUGUAGUGGAAACAAGAACAUAUCAACUCAAGUCGUUAAUGAGUUCAGCAUUAGCUGUUGUCCAUGUAUUAUAUAAGGCUAUAGUGCGGGAGAAUAAAAAGACAAAGUGUGAUAUGAGGCGUGUUCAGGAGGAAUUAGACACUACUAAGGCUAAAAUGCGGAAAAUAACAUUUGGGAUGGAUGUAAUUAAGGAAAAUGAUGAGUUUUGUCAAUAUUAUUAUUAUUAUUAUUAUUAUUAUUAUUAUUAAUGGUUUAAGAUACACACCUUCGCAAUAGAUUGAAUUAUGGUGCGUUUACAAAACUAGUACGCUAUAUAUAUUUACAUAUAUAAAAAAUUAAGUUGCAUGCAUCAAGUCUAAAAAUCUUAUUGAAUUGCAUUAAAAUCAUCGUAAUUACGUAUCACGCUUAAGUUUCUUUACUAUAACUAUUAUAUAAAGCUACUGUACUGGGAAAAGUUCAACCAAUCUGGAACACCCAUGUUGUGCUAAUGCUUCCCUAUAAGAGUAACCCGGUAAAAUGAUCCUCAGCGCUCGUUUUUGCACUCGCUCUAACUCAUCGGCGAGGUAAAAAGGUAGGGCAUGAUGCCAUACCACACAGCAGUACUCCAGAACCGAUCGUAUUAAGGCAAAGUAUAUACUCAAUAGGUCUUCCGCAGGGACACCACCUCGUCGUAAUAUGCGGAUGAUAUAUAAACGUUUAGAAGCUUUGGAUAUAACUGAUUCUAUGUGUGCAUUCCAUUUAAGAUCGUUUUGGAUAACCAGACCUAGCACUUUAUGAGACCGCACAACCUCAAGCGCAUGACCGUCGAUCAACAAUGGUGAUAAAUCAGGUGAUUCCCUCAGGAAGCAAACGCGUAGUUCUUUGCAGUUUUUGGGGUUAAGUUUCAUAAGGUUGCACGAAGCCCAAGAAUUUAUAGUAUCAAUACAGAACUGAAACUUUGAAUUGCUGCCUUUUGUGAUAUUUUCAGAUGUUGAUAUGUCAUCCACAAAUUUCCAAAUAUCCGUUGCGCGUGGUUUCACAUCGAGAUCAUUUAUCAUCGCCAAAAACAGAAUUGGACCGUCUUUAGUUCCCUGGGGGACACCCGCAUUCAUUGGCAACCAGUCUGACGUUUUCCCUCAUGGCCAAGUUUGACCCGAUGACGGCGGUUAGUUAGGAAGUUGAUAAUCCAAGGCAACAGCGACGGUCUAACACCUAGGUCCAACAGCUUUAAUACUAGUAAAUUAUGUCCUAUACGGUCAAACGCCUUUUCGAAGUCAAGGAAACAAAGUCUAAGAUGUUUUUCAGGACACUCUAAGUUGCACAACCAAGUGUGGAUCAUGUCUAAAAGACAAUAAGUUGUGGAUGCAUGUUCCUUUCAAGCAUCCAAACUACUUGGGGUCGAUCUUGUCUUUAAUAUCGGUUAUCAUCCACCCGACCACGAAAUCUUCAAGAACAUUAGCCAGGCAGGGUGUCAGUGAGAUGGGUCUGGUGUCACUUUCACAGGUAGGAGGUUGUGAGUUUGGAACUGGUAUGAUGUCUAAGUCUUUCCAUAUUGCAGGGACGAUUCCAGAUGAAAGUAAUUCGUUGAAAAUAAUUGCAACAGGUUCGGCUAAUUCAUGGGUAAACUUUUUCAGGAUACGACAGGGGACGUUAUCUGGGCCGUGAGCUUUAAAAGUUUUAAUUUCUAAGAGCUUUUUAGAUACUUUGUGUGGUUGAACUGUUGGAGCGGGUUCUUCGGCCGGAAGAAAUGCCGGGAGUGUCGCUAAAUUAAGUGGUGGAAUGUCACUAUUCACCGAUGCAUAGAACACAUACAAAACUCCGACUAAUUCUGAUUGAUCCAGGGUUCUUCCAUCAUGUUCAAGCGAGAAGGAGUUCUUUCCAGAUUUUCCUGCCAUUUUAUUUACGAUUUUCCACCACAUACGGCAGUCAUCCUCCUUUAAAUGUUGCACCUUUGUUUUAUAGUACGAUAUUUUCCUCGCAUUGAUUUCAUUUUGGACCUUAUAUUCCAACGAUUUCCACAAGAUUGUAUUAUGACCAUGAAAGCCUUUUGUCGAUAUUUGAUAAGCUGUUUUAUUGCAGGUGUUAUCCAUGGUUUAUCGGUGUGAUGACGUGUUGACGUCUGUUGUGGGAAGAUUCGGUCAAUACUUUCUGUUAACUGGUUUGUAAACGAGACUGCCAAGCUAUCAACAGUAGGGUUUGGUUCAUGGUCACAACACCAAUUAUGUGUGGUAACCCAUCUUCCGAAAGCAUCUAUUCCUGAUCUGGGAUAGCGCCGUACUAAGGAUUUAACAGGUUUUGCUUGGACGUUGUGGCUGGGAAUGUUAUCGACUGAUGGUCAGUGGCGUAGCCAGCCCGACAAUUUAGUCCCGCUAUGCAAAUUCAAAGUUAUUAUCAUUAUUCAUUUCUUUAGAAAUUGAUUGUUUUCACAGUCAAUGAACAUGAAAAUAUUUGCAUAGCGGGACUAAAUCGUCGGGCUGGCUACGCUACUGCUAAUGGUAGCCAGUGUACAAUAUUAUGGUCACUGGAUCCUAAUGCAGCAAGGACAUUAGGACGGUCAUAUAAAUUAUGCAGGUUUGUAAGAAUAAGAUCGAGUAUUGCUGAUUCCCUAGUGGGUUGGUCAGAACUUGUUUGAGAUUUUGACUGGUGGUCAAACUGCGAGUUUCAAGAUCAUUAAAAUCAACCAUAAUUACCAGACCAAGGUCAGGGUGGUUAUUUCGAAGUAGGUCAAUACUGUUAAUUAAAUGUUUGUUAAGAUCAUUGUGUUCCGAUAUUGUCAGACCAGGUGGGUGAUACACGACACAGAUAACGAUACCGGAUAGAGGUCUAGGGAGGCGUUUCGGUCGAAUGCUCAGCCAUAAGCAUUCUAAAUUCUCACUUUCUAGGUCUACCCGUCGUAUAAAGGGGAUGUCUUUUGUAAUAUAAGCACAAACUCCGCCACCUGUACCAAUUGCGCGAUCUUUACGAAAUAAAUUGUAAUCGUUAAUUGACAAUAAGCUGCUGUCUAUAGCUAUGUGUUCAUGUAACCAUGAUUCAGUUUUUGCGAUAAUGUCAAUGGGCUUGAAACUUAGUAGUGCUGUCAAUUCGUCCAGCUUUGGAAGAAGUGAGCGGGAAUUAAGUAAAAAGAAACAUGGGAGUAUCAUUUCUUUGUUAACCUUAUAUGCAUGGUUUAAAGUUGUAAUAUGGAUUAGGUUGGAGGAGGGAAAAUAGCAAUUCUUGCGUUUCUUGUGCUGUUUAAACGUUCUAGAACGAUCUGUAAUAUGGACGGAGAUGUUCGUUCUAUUUUUGGUUUCAUUUGAUGUCGAUAUUUUAUGUAAGGUUAAAGAGGACUGUGGACUUAUUCUAUCCGGGAUGCAUAGGAAAGAGGUUUCGCUAUUCAAAAAACGAGGGGUCACAUUGGUAUAGUCAAUAAUCUCAGUUGGGUAAAAGUUUAGGUCGUUAUCACAAUUAUCGCUAAUUUGUACAGGAUCACCAUUAUCACGGACCCUAAUUUCCGCGUGGGAUAAGUGACUUCGAGAGGUUAUUUGUUCUUCGUUACUUGACGCACAAAUUCGAGAUAGACUGACCAUUCUUUCAUUCGGGAACUACGAAAAUUCUGAUUUACUGAAUGUUUGAGACGAUUGUGCUUGGGAAAAUGUAGUUGAAAACCCCCAGUAAGGUUUCGUGAUGGUUGUUGCCGUGUAGCUUGAUACUGAUUAGGUUUCUUGCAGCUAGUAGUUUUACUAGAAUAAGUUCUAUUGGAGCGACUACGAGUCUGUGUACAUGUGCGAAUGGAAGUGCGCGUACUAGACGUAUCAAUCAAGGGUAAGGAGUUAAUCCAGGAUGUAUUUUGCCGUAAAGAUCGCGAGUUGGGUCAAAUACUUUUCCUAUGCGAUUUGACAUUCUGACCUUCAGAGGGAUUAGGGCCACUUGGGUUAUGAAUAAACUGGUCACUACUAUAAACUUUAGAGAUCUCUCCCUCAGGGCUUUUUUCGACUGCAACGAGGCGUUCAAAUUAGUAUUUACCUCGUGACUAGCUUGUAUUUUAGCUGCCAUAGGCUGACUAACCCUUUUGUUUUCCUCAUUACUAUCCUCGGGUUUAUUGUCAUUCGGUUUUAGACAUGCAUCCUUCAUAUUAUCACGUACCGGUGCUUCCACCUCAAUACGGUCAUUAUUGAUUUGAUCACAUUCUUUGGUCCGAUUCACGAAUGGAAGAAUUCCGCAUUGUUUUGAUUUCAAAAGUUUAACUGAAUUUAUGCGCAUUAUUGUUUCACUUAAAGAUUCAUUACUCGCUUCAGUUGACUUGAGUUUAUUCUCAAGGCAAACAAUAGUAUUAUUCAAAUCAUUUAUCUCCUGAUUUCUUCCCCUGACUAAAAUAGCUAAAUCGCUUUCGAGUUGCUUACAUUUUCUCCUUUCGUUAAAAAGAUCUUUUCUAAGAUGAAUUAUUUCAUAAUUCUCCCGUACGUUGAUAGCUGCAGAUAUUUUUGACUCCAUAUUUUUAUUCAUAAUAAGCAUGUCAAGCUUGACCCCUUUCCAAAUUAUGACAGGUUAAAAACAUGUUUUACAUUUCUGUCUGUGGGUAAACAUGGUGAGAAUGUGAGGAUGAGAGGGUCAACAGAAAAAAAGGAAGUGGGCGACAUCGCUGUAUUAAUGCAGAAGACCAGUUUUUAUUGCUCUUGACGAAACUUAGAACAGGUUUCUCAAACAUUCACCUUGGAUGGCUUUUCAACUGUGAUAGUAGCACAAUUACAAGACUCACAAUUAGCUGGCUUAAUUAUGUCUAUCUAAAGUUUUGUACAUUACCCAUAUGGCCAUCAAGGAAGACAUUCAUGCAUAAAUGCCUGAAGAUUUUAAAGAGAAGUUUCCAAAUACCAGGGUCAUUAUUGAUUGUACAGAGAUAGCGGUAGAAUCACCUGAAUCACUCCAUACAAGAGCUGUUUACUACUCUGAUUAUAAGCACCAUAACACAUACAAGGCAUUAGUGGGAAUUACCCCAGCAGGUGGAUUAUCUUUCGUGUCUGAACUAUUUCCGGGCAGCAUUUCAGAUCGAGAAAUUGUUUCAAAAUGUGGUAUACUAAACCCAAUGUUUUGGGAUAAAGAUGAUGAGAUAAUGGCUGACAAAAGUUUCACCAUCAGGGAUCUCCUGGAUGAAAUUGAAUAUUCCUAUAUUCCUGGAGGACAGAGCACAAUUUUCUGCACAACAGGUCAUCGUUAACCAAAGAAUAUCGUCACUAAGAAUUCAUGUCGAGAGAUUCAUCAGCAGGAUAAAAAACUUUCAUAUCUUCGACCGACCACUGCCAUUGACCAUGCAUGGUUCAGCCAAUCAAAUUUAUACUAUAUGUUCAUUCUUGGUAAUGUUCCAGAACCCAAUUAUUUCAGCUUAACCCAUUAAACCAUAUUAUGCUCAAAAUAAUUCUUGAUUGAGUCGGUUUUCUUUCAUGUACCAAGGUGAUUAUUUUUAAUAGUCACCUUGAAUAUUAAUUAGCUGAAAAGUUGAAGGAAAACUGGAAAACCUCCUCGAUCAAGAAUUAAAUAUGACAAACACCUUGAAAGUUGGGAUUUAUGUCAGAUAAUGCCCUCUGACACAAAUCCCUCCUCGGUGUUUAUCCUAUACUGCAUAUACACCCUACCUUUUUUAUUCUUUCUAUCUGUUUAAUGCCAUUUGACUUGUCAAUGGAAGAGUCUUGCAGUUUAAUGGGUUAAUGAAUAUGGUAGAGCAACAUAAUUCAAUUUGUAAUGUUAUUCUGAGUGUUAUUACACCGGGAAAGCUUCAAAAAUAUGCCUGGCCACAGUGGUUCGAUUCCCACAGUGGUUUGAUUCCCACUGUGGUGAUUUCCACGUUGGUUCAUUUCCCACUGUGGCCAGGCCUAUUUUUGAAGCUUGCCCGGUGUGGAUAUACACUCAGAAUAACAUCACAAACAUCAUAUUCACCUGAGUACAUAACACAAACUCAGAAAAAAAUCAAAAUUCAAUUUUUUGGAUAAAUAGGUACAGUAUGUAAAUUUAAACCUUAUUUUGAAAGUGUUUACCUGGUAAGAAUAUGCUUACUUUUGUAAAUUCGGACUUACAUAUUAUGCAAUGUUUAUGCUGGAAAAUUGCACUCUUCAAAUGGAGGGUGUUAGCCAUUAAUUAUAUGAAUUUAUAAAAUACAAAAUAAUGGACACUUUAUAGUUCUUAAGUACUAUUUUACUAAUGAAUCUCGAAGUUGUGACCAGCUUAAUUUCACAUUUAAAUAGUACUAUGUCAUUAACAAAAUUGCAACAGAGUGAGCAACCAGGUGAAAUAAUUAGUAUUUGGAUGUAUUAAGUAAUCCUUGCCUGUUAUAGUUGAUCACACCAUCUUGGCAUUUCAGCGGAUUACUAUAUACUCUGUUAUGUGGUCUAUUGCAAUUUUGGUAAUAUAUAUUUAAAGUACCUUGGUCCAACUACAUCUAUUACAUUUGCCCAAAAUUGGGCAUCAAAAGUAAUUCUAAUAAUACUAAUACUCUGAAAAGUAUAGACAAUUAGAUCACAAAUUUUGAUCCAGUCAAAGCUAACUGAUAUUGAACUUGAUAAUAAGUUGGGUGUGUCUUUCGUAACUGCUGCUUACCGUUUACAACAAACAACAUGAAAUUGUCAUUACUAGAUGCAACAUAAAAAACAUCAGAAUGUUUAUGCUGUUCUGGACAUUUGCAUUCAGCAAUACCAAAUUCAUCUCCUGAAACAACUUUUGCAUCUGGGCUACUGCCUAACCAACAAUUAUUUUCAUUGAUUACCAGCCCACAAGGAUACACGUCAGUGUCAGAACCAUAAUCAUUCAUACACAGCUGGUACUUUUCCAGUGCCACAGACUCAUACAUCUUGCCAUGAUCAAACUUCUUUUGAAGAAUGUCAGGACUUUUUCUUUCUGAGUCGCUAUUUGCAAAUUUUUGACCAUGUCUCUCCAUCCCUCUCUUCCACUGAAACACGUCAUGAACUCUUGAAGCAGUCACUCUCAAUUUUCGUUCUUCAAACCACAGUCUAUUUUGCGAUUGUGACCGAGUUGCUUGUUCUAAAACAGCUGCCUGUUCAUCAGUGAUGUGGAUUUUAUCCAGCACUGCUUGCUGAGUAGAGCCCAAAGUUGAAAUGUCAUGAUUGUAAUAUUGAGGAAUACUUCGGGGAGGAAAGUCAGGGUAAGAGAUGUUAGUAGUGGCUGCAUUUGAUUGAGAUUUGUUGUCAAUAUUAAAGUACACAUUAAAAUUAUUGCCCAACUUACUGCACUGAUAUGCCAAAGGAGAGAAUAUGGGGACUUUUCUAAAUUUUGUGUCACAACACUCAUCUGAAGAAACAGAACUAUGCAAACCAUUUACUAAAGGAAUCUUUGGAUUUGUCUUUUUCAGAUUUUCUUUUAAUUCAAAAACUGCUUUUGCAUCAAACAUUUGUUGAUCUAGAGAUCUUGCUUCAUAUAGGUUGCACUUCACCCACUGAGCUAUACUAUAUUACUGGAGGACCUGCUCGCGGAAAAAAAGUGUCGCCAAAAACAUGGCGGAUCUUAUGCCAUUUCCAUGACAACACUUCCGAAAUUUUCAUGGUAGCUGCCACUGACCAACCGCGAUCCUAAGCUUUCGACGAUGUCCUUAACCCCCCUGGUUUUUGCAAGAUAUUUACGUACUGCUCAAAUUAAAUUUUCCCGCCGUUUGGCUUUUGCUUGUUUAUCGUCAUCAAACGCUUAAACAGCUCGCAAAAAUGCCUCGUUUUUGCUCUUUUUUUGGUUGCCGUAAUAGUGAUAAUUAUACCUUUUCAAGGAAAAAUAUCUCUUCUCACAGGUAAGAAUUCGUGAAACGUUUUCUGUGUGCUUUGCUUUUUUAUAAAAUACAGUUCUUUAUAUAAUUAAAAACCGACGUAUGGGACAAGAUACAAAACCAAAAUUUACCGCUGAAUUUCACUAUUUAAUACUUAAAAUAGAUGUAAACAGCUGAUAAUUAUUAUAAUUUGAUCACGCUCGUUUAUAGGCUAGUGUGUUUAUUUUUCAAACUAACGUUAUUUUCAGUUUAUGUAGUAUUUUACUUUGUACAUUUUUACCCUGCAAGAAUUUUUUUAAAAACAAAAAUGGCGUUUAAAAUACUUUUUAUAUGCAAAGCCAUAAUAUUAUGACUGUUUAUAUGACAUUUCAGCAAUAUCACCAAUACGGCUAUUGAAUGUUAUUAUUUUCACAAAUGAAUUUCUCUUUUAAUAAUGACACAUUUUUGAGCAAUUGUUUGAGCUUGUAUCAACAAUUUUACAAUGAAUGCAUUUUAAUUUUGCAGCUUCCCAGAUCCAAAAACAAGUACUGAGAUGUACACCAAAUGGCUUGAAAAUGUCAAUAAAAAUGCACUGGUUAAAUUCGUUCCGACAGGGGGAAGUCGUAUUUGUUCAGAACAUUUUAGCUCUGACAUGAAGGAAGAGGGUGGACAAAGAGUAAUACUGAAGCCAUUUGCUGUUCCAACAAUAUUUCCUACUUCUCAGGUUUGUGUCUUUGACAGUUUUCUCUAUCAUUUUGCUCAUUUAGUCUUGAAAAGUUUAACAUGUUUGUGCCCAGAACAUUUCUUUAACAUACUUAAAUUGGGUUAUUAAGUUCCUGUUUAUAAAUAUUUGCAUGCACACCCCUAUCAAGGACACAACAAUAUGAGGAAAUGCAAACAUAUCUUUGAGGAAUUCCAAGCACAAACACCAAGGGUAAAGGCCGUUUUCCACUAGGCGAAUUUGUUCGCGCGACGCGAAGCGAAAACCGAAAUCCGGCAACGUGAUUGGUCGGCGAAAAAAUUCGCGGCGAAAAAGUAGGAUCGCUUCCUACUUUUUAUCUGUUCGCGCGAACAAAUUCGCCUAGUGGAAAACGGGCUUAAGGCUGAAGCAUAAAAACGUAAUAGUAGCAAAAGCAUAAAAGAGUAAAAGGUAUAAAGUGGGGUGUACUAUGCACAUAUCACCCCCGGUGCGAAACGAGGGUGAAUUUACUAUUUUAUCAGUGUAUUCUGCCCGUGAACCCUGGGGAAAUUACAAACUUUGCAAUAAUGAGACGGACGGGGGGAGGGGAAGUAGGGAACUUUGACGUGACAAUUUGAAUUUUAUAAAUGAAGUGCACAAUUGGUGUCAACUCAAAAUCGCAGGCUCACAGAGAAAAAUAUCGAUCGCCAACUUAUUAUUUAUGAUAUUUUGUAGUGUUGUUGCUAACUAAAAUUUGAAUAAAUAAAUACAGAAUACAUGAGUGCCAUUGUGAUACCCCAGUUUGUAUGAUCAUUUUUAAUUGUUUGUAUGCUAUUUAUAUUAUGAGCUGAUUUAUUCUAUUAUUAGCCACAGGGGGAGGGCAGUUUGACUUACACAUUUCCCGGGGGGAGGGGGAAUUAAUGCAUUAGAAUCAUGUUUUUUCAAAGUCCCGGGGGUGUACCCCCACGACAGGCCGUUGAUAUGUGCAUUAUGAUGCAAUGGGUCAUUCCAGGAAACAUCCAUACACCUCCCCCAAGGAGGAUAUCUAAUGCCCCUGCCAACCCCUAACCAUUUGGAGUGUCCUAAUACAUCUUAUUUAUCCAAAAACACAAUGGUCUCCGGCCAGAUAGCAAUAACUUUCUACUUGGGGGGGGGGGUGGAAUGGAAUGGUUUCGCAGAAAAAGUGUGGAGUAUUUGAUGAAAGAAAAACAGGGAGAUAAAUUGAAAAUACAAUAACACACCCAGUCAGUGGCAGAUGCUGGGGGGGAGGGGGACUCCACCCCCAACCAAUAAUUUGUGGAAGCCUUUGAAUUAUACCUGGAUUUAUUCAGAAUGAUAGCUGAACUUAAUUUGUAACAAAGUUAUUUAUUUAGCUAUAACAUAAUUAUUCAACAUGAAAGCAAAUUGGCCAGCUACAAAUCUUACAAGCUAUAUAGCUAUAGCUAGCUAGCUAGCACGUAAGGUAAUGGAUGUUAUUCGCAACUUGAUUAUUCACCCCCCUCCAAAUAUUUUUGCAAUCUGAGUAUAAAAAAGCAUCCGGACUAAAUUAAAAUGUAUAAUCCUGUUAUAUAAUCAUGAUCAAAAUUUUUGUCAAUUAUAAGUCAGCCAAGGCAUUUUUGUCAUUUUUUUCAGAGCACUCAUAUUGUGCUCGGUGGCUGUCACUUAUAGGGAAGGUGAAAGAAAGGGCAAUAUAACAAAUUUCCCCCACCUAAUUAUGUGUAAAAACUUUUGAAAGGUGAAUAUAUAACUGUGUCAAAAAGCUGUUACAACAAUUUUGUAAGAACGAAAGCACUGGUAGGCCAGUUAAAAAAUGCCAGUUACAGCAACAUAUUUGGCAUUAUGCAAUUGACCAUUUUCCUCACAUCCAUGAUUGAUUGCCAUUGAAUAACAUGAGUUGUUUGUUGUCAUAAUCGGCAAGAAAUAUCAUGUGAUGAAAUAUUAUGAGUUUAAAUGUACAAAAUUUGUAUUUAUAUUGACCUUUGGAUUUGAUUCAAUAUAUAAUUUUGUAUACAUGGUAUAUAUCUGUCAUUGUGCCUAUUAAUGCUAGUCAACUGUCUACCAAUCUAAUACGUCUCAUCUGCAAUGCACCCAAAUGUGACAGCAGACUUCAUAAUUUUAUUAGCAUCAAUUUUACACUAUAUCAGAUUUUACUUGGACAUAAAUGGGACUCUCUGUAUCUCUCAUCUUAGGUUGCAAAUUUUCCCACUAUACUAUACACGUUGGUUAACCCAUUAAUACAUGCACAAGACUCGUCCCUUGAGUUGACUAAUAAUAUUGUCUGGCAUUGGACUGCAUAAAAUAAAAAAGUUGGGCGCAUCACAGCUAAGCGUUUUUUAUUAUUCAUGCAUGCAUAACAAUAGGGAAAUACAUGUUGAUUAUUCUCCCUUAGGUAAUGAAGAAUGAAGAGGCCAGUGCUAAGAAACUCUCAAGUCAUGAUGCUGUAGAAGCAGAAAAAUGUAAUGGUAUGUCAGACAAAAAAAAAUAGUUUAGUAGAAACAGUAUUGAUAAAUGAAAAUAGUGUAAGUGAUGAAGCAUUGAGUUUGCAGGUGGUAAAUGAAGAGAUCAUUACGAUGGAUAGUGCGAGUAUGCAGGAGGUGAUUGAAAAGGUAACUAUCGAAGACAACGUAAGUAUACCAGGAGGCAAGAGAAAACAUUUGGAUGAAACAGAGAUUGAGGUAAGCGCAUCUCAAAAAAGGGCGCGAACGACCAGUUCUGAUGAAAACAAUGUACAUGAUCACCCGUAUUGUAUAAAAUCUCCUCGUAGAGUGAGAAGGCAGGUUGAUGAUCUUAUAGAUAAAGUUGAAAAUCUGCAGAAGAGAUUGAAGACAUCUCAGAAGAAAACCAAUAGAAGAGAUAAAAAGGUUAGCACGUUGACUGCAGUGGUAAGUGAAUUGAGAGAAAAAAAUCUAAUCAAUAGUGAUUGUGCGACUAUUCUAGAAUCAACUUUUUCCGGAGUUCCAAAGGAACUUAUGAAGAGGUUGGUGACACAAAAGAAAAAGAAAAAUCUCGGGGCAUAUCCACCUGAGCUAAGGUCAUUUGCUCUGACCUUGAAAUUUUAUUCGACUAAAGCGUAUAAUUAUGUGUGAAAAAGUUUUGAUUUAGGGCUGCCACAUGUAAACGUGAUUCGGUCAUGGUAUAGUUCCAUGAAUGGCGAGCCAGCUUUUACAAAGGAUGCGCUGACAGCUCUGAAAGCCAAAGUUAUAGCCGCAAAAAGAGAUAACCAAGAAGUUGUUUGUGCACUAAUGCUCGAUGAGAUGGCCAUACGCAAGCAUGUCGAAUGGGAUGGUAAGCAGUCCCGUGGUUAUGUUGAUCUUGGCACAGGCAUCAAUGAUGACUCGCUGCCCGAAGCAACAGAUGCUCUUGUUUUUAUGGCAGUCUCGGUGAACUCCGGUUGGAAAGUACCAUGUGGGUAUUUUCUAGUGAACGGUCUUACUGGACAGGAGAAAGCCAACUUGACCAAAGAAUGCAUAACCAAGUUGCACGAAGUAGGGGUGAAGGUGGUGUCUUUUACGUGCGAUGGCCCUAUAGUAAUGACGUCAUGUCAUUCACUCGGCACCAGGACUAUACGGUCGGAACUAAUUAAAAUAUAUAUAUAUAUAUAUAGGACACGUUGUGUAGAAGGAACACACACACACACUAAAACACCAAUAAGAACUAUAUCGUUAUGUUAUACUAAAUAUAUUCUAUAGCACAAAUAUAUACCUAGUACUUAGAUAUUACAUUGGCGACGAGGAGUAAAUUUUAUGGAACAAACACCUAACAAUCUAACAACAGUCAGCAUGGCACAUUCAGUACCUAUUCGCCCAAUGCCCGAGUUUAAUCCCGACACUGAACUUGGCGCGAGCGUCGCUACACGUUGGAAAAAUUGGGUCGCAGACUUUGACAUGUUUCUCCUGGCUAGUGGCGUUACAGAUCCUAAACGACAACGAGCUUUGUUGCUAUACCAAGCUGGCGCAAGAGUGCGCGAAAUCUUUAAACAACUGCCUGACACUGGCGAAGACAAAGACUAUGAUAUUGCCAAAGCGAAAUUACUUGCCCAUUUCGAACCGCAGAAAAACAGACGCUACGAGGUGUAUCGAUUUCGAAAGGCUGUGCAAGAACCAAGGGAAACUCUCGAUCAGUUCCACACCCGGCUUCGAACUUUAGCCCAAACUUGCGAGUUCGCAUCGCCAGAUUUCGAACUCGAAGAACAAAUAAUUAUUGGAGGGGCCUCUUCGAAAAUCCGCAAGAGUGCGUUGCGUGAUCCAAGUUUUAAUCUAGCUGCCAUGCUCUUAGAAGGCCGCCGAGACGAACAGAGCACUUCCCAAGCUAAAGACAUCGAAUCGACAUCGCCCGACAUCGCAACGAGCACCUUUGACGAAAUUGACGCUCUCUACAGACCGACGGGAUGUCGCAAUUGUGGUGGAUCUUUUCCUCACAAAGGUCUUUGCCCCGCGAAAGGCAAACAGUGUCGAAAGUGUGGCAAACUUAACCAUUUUCAAAGCGUUUGUCGAAGCAGACCUAUUGCACAACCAAGUGGCAGUAUCGCACAGGAAGACUCCACUUAGAAUUACCAUAGCAACGCCACACAAAACCUGAUACGACCCCUCGAGCGUUACAACACCGGUGACUCAGACGACGAUUAUAUCUACGGAAUUCACAGCCUCGAUAAAAGCCCUCGAGUUAACGUUGAACAUUGAACAUUGAACAUUUAUUUAAACACGGUAAAAUCUUCAGUGUAGAAUAAAAUACAAAAACUAUUAAUAAAUUUCACACAUCACUAAAUACACACUAAUUUCCUAACUAAAAUGCACUGUUUUCCAAGAUUGCCGUGUGGGGAUCCCAUUAUAAUGUCAAGAAUUGAUUAAUUUCAUUUUUGAAAUGCCUCAAUGAUUUGGACGUACGUGCAGUUUGAGGAAGCGCAUUCCAUAAACUUGCUCCACUGUAGCAGAAACUACGCUUCAUAAAGUCCGUACGUGGUUUUGGUAAAUUUAGCUUCAUUUCUGCAUUUCUUAAGUUAUAAUCUGUGCUGCGAAAUGUAAACAUGUUUUGUAAAUACUCUGACGUUAGCUUAUUGAUAGUUUUAAACAUUAGUAUAGACUUGUGCUUUUUCCUACGUAAGGAAAGAUUGUCCCAAUGCAGUUUCUCUAAGAGAAUGCUAGAGCUGACAUCGUAGUUGGAUUUCGUAAUCACUCUAGCAGCUCUAUUCUGCAAUUUUUGCAUUUUUUUACAUAAUGUUGCGCCAAAUUCGUCCCAAAUGGGACUACAGUAAUCAAAGUGAGGUUGAAUUAUAGCGUUGUAAAUUUGGAUUGCUGUUUCAGUUGAUAUAAAUCGUUUUAUUCGCUUAAGAGCACCUAUAGCGGAAGAAAUCUUUUUACACUUCAUAUCAAUAUGUUUAGACCAAGACAGAUUUUUAUCAAUAAUUACACCUAGUGAUUUUGCCUCAUCAACUUGUUUAAUCACAUGACCAUCCAGGUCAAUAUUGAUAUUUUCGUUAGUGUGCGCAUGCAUACGUUGUCGAGAUCCUAUUAUCAUAAAUUUUGUCUUGGCGAUAUUAAGGCUUAAUUUGUUCGCUUCCAACCAGCUUUUCAAUUUUUUUAAUUCCGAAUUAAUAACAUUUUCUAGUUCGGCGAUAGUGUUGGCCGCAUAACUAAUGUUCGUAUCAUCAGCAAACAUUCUCGGUACUGCUGCACUGAGACAAUUAGGAAGGUCGUUAAUAUACACAAGGAAGAGUAAUGGUCCUAAGUUACUUCCCUGUGGUACACCACGUGUAACUGAUGCAGAUGAUGACAAGCAACCUCUAACAUUACAUUUCUGAGAUCGACCGGUCAAAUAAGACUGAAACCAUUCGAGACUUAAUUGAUCCAUACCGUAAAUUCGAAGCUUCCGCAGUAAUAUCUGAUAAUCAAUAGUAUCGAAUGCUUUUUUAAGGUCGAUAAAUAUUACUCCAUUGAAGAGGCCAUUGUCAAUAUUAACUGACCAGUUACUAGUGGCUUCAAGAAGAGCAGUAAGUGUACUAUGUAACGACCUGAAACCGGCCUGGCAAUGCGUUAACAAGCUGUUAGAACUGAAGUAAUUAUAAAGUUGCUCAAAGAUUAAUUUUUCGAAGAUUUUGGCUACAGCUGAAAUAAUUGAUAUUGGUCGAUAGUUAUUCGGAUCAUUCCUUUUUCCUUUCUUAAAUAUUGGUGUUACUCUAGCCAUUUUCCACUCGGAUGGAAAUAUGCCAGUGUUAAUUGAUCUGGCAAAUAUAUCAGUUAAUGAUGGUGAAAUUAUUGCAGCUGCUAUUUUUAACAGCUUAUUAGGAAUGUUGUCGAGACCUGGAGCUUUUCGUUCGUUAAUUUUACUCAACAGAAUAUAAACCAUAUCAACCGUAGGAGGUCUAAUGGAAAAUCUCUGCUCAGUUGAUUCUAAAUAGUCUUCAGGGUUGACGUUAGAAAUGGGUAUCUCUGAGGCUAGAUUUCUCACCAAUAUUUGAGAAGUGAUUGUUAAAAGCUUCAGCUAUAUUUGCAGGUGUAUUUAUUGUUUUUCCGUCUACUUUAAUCUCGUUAAUGUUACUUAACUUAUUACAAUUACGCGAGCUUAGUUCGUUAAUUAAUUUCCAUGUUUUUCUUGGAUUUGUUUUAGCAGUUUCCAAAUUCGUUAUAAAAUACUCUUGCUUUGCUUUUCUAAUUUCGUUAUUGGUACGAUUUCGAGCAACCCUAUAUUCUUCUCAUAAAGUUUGAUCAUCGGCCAAUGUUGCUUUCCUCUUCAGAUAAUCUCGUUUAUGCAUAUGUCGUAACAAUUGGCUUGUUAUCCACGGCGAUUUUUUUUGCCUGCUCUUUUGGAGCGAGAUGGUGCGUGCUUGUCAAUACACUCCAUUAAUAAACUUUUCCACGUGUCCCACAUAUCAUUAGGAUCAGUAUUUGUGUUAACAUCACACCACGGCUUUUGUUCCAAGUCUCUAAGAAAAUUAUCUCUAUUGAAAUUCUUUAAACAACGAGUUUUUAUUGUGCGCGUCCCGGUACGUUCUAUAUUAGUUUUAUAAGUCAUAAACACAAGUGAAUGAUCGCUAAUAGAUAUGUGGUUAACGCCGAAUUUUAUUAUUAUUGAUGGUACAUUUGUGAAACAUAGAUCAAUCAAGGUUUGAGAACAAUUAGUAAUUCUUGUAGGUUCGUUUAUUAGCUGAUCCAUACCAUAAAUAUCUAGUAUGGAAUUCAGUUUUACAGCAUUGGCCGAGAUCGGUUCAUGCAUAAGAUCUAUGUUAAUGUCACCUAAUAUACACAUCUUUUGAUUUUCUGAGUCCAGCUUUCCAAUAAUAUUUUCAAAAUCAUCUAGAUAACUAAUUGGAGAGUUUGGUGGUCUAUACCAUGUGCCAAGAAUCAACGAUUUUGACCGUGGUUUGGUAAUUUCUAUUAUAAGACAUUCUAAAUUUUCGUAAUUCAAGUUAUCUCGCGUUAUAUAAUUAAUAUUGGAUCGCACAAAAAUACAGACACCUCCACCGUUUCGACCAUUAAUUUUUCGAUCUUUCCUAAUUAUCUCAUAUCCAGGGAUAUGGAUUUCACUAUUCUCAAUCGUUGAAUCUAAUUUAGUUUCGUUAAUUGCAAGCACAUCUAUUUUAUCAUUAUUCAUAUACACCCUAAGUUCGUCAAUGUGAGCUAAAAGGCUAUUUAUAUUUAACGAGGCCAUCACUAAGCCACGUCCAUAGACGUUAUGACCCAGGGGCGUAGGAAGCGGGGGGGCACGGGGGGCACGUGCCCCCCAAAUUUUUUUAAAGGACUAAAAGUGCCCUUUUUGUGUUGAAAAGUGCCCUUUUUUGUGAGGAAAUGUGCCCCUUUUGUAGAAGCUAAUGUCGCUGUAAAUACUAAAUUAAAACAAUAGGUGCCGUUUUUGUGUGGAAAUUUACAAUUUUUUUUUUAAAAAUUAGGUCACAAACAUAAAUUUCGGUAUGAUACGACGGAAAAUUUUCCUCAGGAGAAAUUUCUCCCCCCUCCCCCCCGUCGACAACAUUUCCGGGAAAAAUUUUUUAGGUGCCCUUUCCGAUAGUAAUGUGCCCCUACAAGCCGGUGCCCCCCCCCCAAACUCCAGGUGCUUCCUACGCCCCUGUUAUGACCGAUAGUUAAAGGUGUAUCUUCAGUUUUAUCAUUAUUAUCAUCUGGCAGCACAGAGAUUAGGGAUUCCCAUCCGGCAAUAUUUCAAUUAUUAUUAUGAUUUAUGAUAUUUAAAAAAUUACGAGCUAAUUGAGUAGUUCCGUCUCUAUUCAAAUGCAGACCACUUCGAUUUAAAUGUUUUUGUGUAAUAUUUGAGUGGUCUAUUAGUGUCCAAUUGUGUUGUCGACAUAACUUACUUAACGCUAAGUUCACUUCAUCAAUUUGUUUCCCAAGUCUACUAUCAUCUGAUCUGAAUAUUAAACUUGAUAUAAUUACCUCCGUUUCCUUUCCAUCUGUCUGUUCCACCGAUUUAGCUAAUUCAACAAUUUCCUCUGCACAGGAUGUGGGGCUUUCAGAUUCUCGUAGACUGUUUGUACCUACGUGUAUAAUUACUUGGUCGGGUUUCUUUCUCAGAACAGGUUUAAUGUAGUCAUACAUAUCUCUAGUG